AUGAAAUUGGACUUUAUUUUUCGCCCUCAUCUGAAACGCAAAAUGUCAGCCGAACUGUUAAUACUACUAUCCACGGAUUUUACACAAUUACUGGAAUCUGCUGAAGAUUUCAACGUAUUAAUAAGAGUUGGGGAACAACCAAAGAAUUACAAAGAAUUUAAAGCACAUUCCGUUGUCCUCCGGGCCAGAUCAAGUUAUUUCAAAAGUUCCUUGGCUGAUCAAUGGGUAGAGAGAGAAGGAAACUUUUACGUUUUAAAAAAACCCAACGUCCUUCCCGAAAUAUUUGACAUCAUUCUCAACGGAACGGUAAGCCUAGAAGACAUUGGUUGGUCCCGUAUGAUAGAACUUUUGGUGGCUGCAGACGAAUUAUGCUUGAGACAGUUGCUUAAUUAUGUCCAGAGUCACUUCGUGACGAAUGGAAUAGAUUGGUUGCGCGAUAAUUUUUAUAAAAAACUAUUGUUGGAGAUGCUAAAGUGUGAUGACCUUCAGCUUGAAGAAGUUGAUGUCUGGAAUGUGGUACUGAAAUGGGGCUCAUCACAAGCCAAUUUAUCACUUCAGAAUGAAGCAUUACCAAAGGAUGUGUAUGAGGAAAUAUUACGCUGCCAACUUACCAAAGAUACUUUUCUGAUUUCUUCAUUAAUGCCACCGCGAGGUAUCGCUCUUGAUUCUAACCUUAUUGGGUCACGUCACGCGGCACUAAUAGCAAAUUGGAUAGAUCGUCGGGAAAAAUUUAGUGGCGCUUGUCAAAUAGUACCUUACCAUUUCAACCUUCUACUUCGAGGCACACGAGACAGUUUUAAAGAGGAUGUAUUUCAUGAACUUUGCGAUAAUCAAGGUCCUACCCUGGUAGUGGCCAAGGUCAGAGACACCGGAGAGUUAAUUGGAGGUUUCAAUCCGGUUGGGUGGAGUUCGUCGGGACUUUGGAUUGAGACCACUGAAAGUUUUAUAUUCUCUCUAGGCGAUGGAUUAGACCCAGAGCUUGGGCAAGCUGUAUUGAGCAGGAUACUAAAUACUAAAUGUGCAAUCGACGAUUCACCUUCAAUUGGACCUUGUUUCGGAGUUUCAGAUUUAGUGAUG